GGGCGUUUGUCUCUCCCGCGCAGCAAGCUGGAGGCGGCUGCCAUCGAGACGGAGCUGCUGACUGACUACUGCUUUGGACGGCAGCAGCUGGUUGAGACUUGGGGUCACGCCUGCGCCAUCGCCAUCGCCAGAGCAUUCCCGUUGAGCUCUCUCAGUAAGAAACAGCCCACGGUCCUGGUGGUCUGUGGGCCGGAACAGAACGGAGCCGUCGGCCUGGUCUGCGCUCGUCACCUGCACAUAUUUGGGUAUGAACCCACGAUCUUCUACCCAAAGCGCUCCUCGCACCCCCUGCAUCAGGACUUCACUGUGCAGUGUGAGAAGAUGGACAUCCCCUUCCUAUCCUACCUUCCCACAGAGGUGCAGCUCAUCAAUGAUGCCUACAACCUGGUCAUUGAUGCCAUCUUGGGACCAGAGACAGAUCUUUCCCCUGAGAAGGAGCCCUAUGGCAGCAUCUUGCUGACCCUUAAGCAGGUCAAGAUCCCCAUGGCCAGUGUUGACAUACCCUCAGGGUGGGACGUGGAGGAAGCCAAUGCUGACGGCCUCAGACCAGAGGUCCUUAUUUCACUCACGGCACCCAAGAAGUGCGCUGCUGCCUUCACUGGGAGACACUUCCUGGCUGGACGCUUCCUGCCCUACGACAUCCAGAAGAAGUAUGAACUCAACCUGCCCCAGUAUCCUGGCACAGAUUGCCUUACACAGUUGUAGCACCAUUUCACUGGUUUGCACUUCCCGAUCCACAGACAGUCCACAUUUUUGCUCCCACAAGGAGAAAAUAUGUGGACUGUUUGGCAGGGAGUUUGGGAGGGAGCGAAAACAUGGACCGGUUGUGGAUCCCCGAAGACCGGAUUGGGAAACAUUGCUGUAGAUUGCCCCUGUACUAUUUCUGAAUCUGGAAGCUUUGCUCUUUAAUAAAACAUUCAUUAUAUUUAGAAGCUGGUUUGAAUGAACUGUAUAAAGGUUUGUACACAUCAAAAGUAAAGUUUUCUUUUUUCUGCUUGGAGGUCAAAAUCUUUACUGCAAAGUAGUUUGAAUGUUAUGCACACAUCCUGAAAAUGUUUAGACAAACUGUAAUUUAAUCUUAUGUUACAAAUGUACAAAGUUCACCCAAAUCGCUGUUUUUUUUGUUCGUUUUUAUAGAAAUGUAUCGUUGCCUGACCAUUAUGUAACAUUUUAUUUGGUACUCAAAAGGCUGUAGGAAUUGUAAUUUAAUUU